CGUAACCGAAUAGCAAUUUGCUAUUAUUUUAAGAGAGUCUAAAGUUUCAUUACUCUCGCGGCAGAAGGACAGACGCUUUUCACCUGUUAAUUAUGAUUGCGUAUAUAUUGUUCACCGUUUUGGCAAUUUUGCCAUUAUUUCUUUACUUACGAAACCCCUAUUUUGUGGGGGAUUUAAAGUACACAGUUACUGCACUUCAGAUCGGUAUCCGCCGAAGCAAACUCAAGAAAAAGUUUUAUAGUAUUUUGGACGCUUUCCUGGACAAAGCGGCUAAGCAUCCACACAAGACUUUUUUAGUUUUCGAGGAAAUCUCCUACACUUACAGUCAAGCCGACAAAGAGAGCAACAAAGUGGCCAGGGCUCUGCAGACAAUUGCCCACCUGAAAGAAGGAGACACGGUGGCUCUUUUCCUGGGCAACGAGCCUCUUUACGUGUGGCUCUGGCUCGCGGUGGCCAAGCUAGGAUGCGUAGCGGCUCUCCUCAACUACAACAUCAGAUCCAAAUCUCUGCUGCACUGCUUCUCCUGCUCUGAUGCCAAGGUCCUCAUCGCUGGUGCUGAUCUGAAAGGAGCCGUAGAGGAGGUGUUGCCCACCUUAAAGGAGCAGGGUAUCCGUGUGUUUAUCCUCAGUGAGCGCUGUGAUGUGGGAGGCAUUGACAGCAUCUCUGACAAGAUUCAGCAGGCCUCUGAUCAGCCACUGUCACCACAGCUGAGGGCCAACAUUAACCUUAAGAGCCCUGCGCUAUACAUCUACACGUCAGGGACCACAGGACUUCCCAAGGCAGCUGUAAUUAACCAUGAGAGAGUAUGGACAGUAUCUUUUCUUCAAUCUAUUGCUGGUGUGCGCUCAAAUGAUACCAUCUACAUAUACCUGCCUCUCUACCAUACUGCUGCUUUUCUUAUGGGACUUUGUGGCGCCAUAGACAAAGGCAUGACUGUUGUUUUAAGGCGGAAAUUUUCUGCCUCCAACUUCUGGAAUGACUGUAGAAAGUACAACGUGACUGUUAUUCAGUACAUAGGAGAAGUCCUACGCUAUCUUUGCAACACACCAAAGAAAGAUAAUGACAAAAUUCAUAAAGUACGAGUGGCUUUGGGGAAUGGAAUAAGGGGAGACACCUGGGACGAGUUCCUGGAGCGAUUCGGCAACAUUCAUAUCUGUGAAUGCUACGGAGCAACUGAGGGAAACAUUGGCUUUGUCAACUACGUUGGAAAAGUUGGAGCUAUUGGAAGAGAACAUUUUCUACACAAAAUGUCACAUCCCUAUGCCCUCAUAAGGUAUGACACAGAGAUAGAGGAGCCAUUCAGAGACUCCAGAGGAUUUUGUGUUGAAGUCCCAAAAGGAGAGACUGGUUUGUUGGUGGGAAAGAUUGGACUGAGGACACCUUUCACCGGCUAUGCCAAGAAUGAGCAGCAGACAAAGAAGAAGAUGCUGAGAGAUGUGUUUGUGAAGGGAGACCUCUACUUUAACAGUGGCGAUCUUUUAAAGAUAGACAAUGAGGGCUUUGUCUACUUCCAGGACCGCAUUGGAGACACUUUCAGGUGGAAAGGAGAAAACGUGGCAACCACUGAAGUAGCUGAUAAUUUGCUUACAGUUGACUUUGUGGAGGAGGCUAAUGUCUAUGGUGUGAAAGUGCCAGGACAUGAGGGAAGAAUUGGGAUGGCAGCACUGAAGCUGAAAGAAAACAUGAACUUUGACGAGAACACUAUGUAUCAGCAUGUCAAAAACCUUCUGCCCAGCUAUGCCAGGCCACGUUUCAUUCGCAUACAGGAUGCACUGGCAGUAACUGGUACUUUUAAGCAACUGAAAGUGAAGCUGGCCGAGGAGGGCUUCAACCCCACCGUCAUCAAGGACCCAUUACUCUUCCUGGACGACAAUAAGGGCUACAUACCCAUGACUCAGGAGAUUUUCAACUCCAUCACAGAGGGAGAACUCAGACUCUGAAAGAGUUUAGUCUUUUUUAUUGGACUGACAAAUGAUGCAUUUAAUUUUUAAGCUUUUAGUGAUA